GCCAGCACAGCACCACAUGAGCGCGGCCGACAUCGGGGUGGUCGCCGCGUCAGAAGUGUUGCCGCUAUCAAAGGCCACUAAGGCUGCUUGGAAACGAGCGCUGAAACAACUCAAACUCAAAGAUGUGGGCAAAAAAGUCGAGGGAAUUCGAUACUGUGCCGAGGACAGUCGCUUUUUUCGAGAAGGCGGGGGAUUGGCCCUCCUCAUGGCCUUUCUUACCCGUGCCAAGCAACACGAGAUCUUGUCCCAGGCGUUGGCAAUGUUUUCGCGGUUGGUCUCUGAACCAAACCAGCCGUGUGCAUUGAACGCCGUGUACAUUCUCGACGAAGGACGGUCGUCGGAGACCCUGUGGGUCGGGGGUGAAUAUUUUCUUGCGGUGGGGGGCAUGGUCGUCGACGACGACUUGAAGUUGACAGCAUUGCGCAUCUUCACGAAACUGGUCGAGUUUGCCUUGGCCUUGCCCCCAGACUAUCCCAACCGAAGUGAGCUUGUGACGAACGUGUGCACGCGAGGGGAUCCCGUGAGUCAGCUCACCCUUGCCAUUCGAUUGUCCAACGUGGAGCUGCAGUUUGCCUCGCUGAAGGCGCUGUAUACGUUGGCGUGUGGCCAUCCCGACACGAACGAGUUGAUUCAAAGCUUGCACGUCUCGAACGCCACCCACACGAUACUUUCGUACCUCUUGCACGACGACUCGCGGCUCAGCCUCUUGGCGUCAAAGUACAUCGAACACAACACACGAUAUGAAUCCGGUCGUUUGAGUUUUGCGCAAACGAAUGCAUUGGUGGACUUGACCACGAAAUUGCAAGUGCUCACGAGUGCGCUCAACGUGGAUGGUGGCAAUGAGGCUGCGACGGGGGACAUCAUUUGCCAAGGCUUGGAACUUACUGCUCUGACGCUGACGCGCCUGUUGGUGACUGCAACCAACUCUGACGAAAGCGCUGACUUGCGACUUCAAGUGGCUAGUCAAUUGGCUACAGCCUUGUCAUCGCCCCUUUUAAAAGGGAAAAUUCGUGCCUCCUCGGCGUUGGUGUUGCUGUCGUCGUUGGGGCGUCUCCUGGAACGCCAUGAGGACUGCCGCACUCGUGUCAAGGAGCUGUCAUUCCUGCCAAAUCUGGUACAUUACCUCAUGCUCGACGAAACAAGCAGUGCUCCUGCAGGGGAUGCAUCCGAUCAGCAAGAGCCAGUCGACACCAAAGCCAAGCCUGGCAAGGGGGGCAAGCCAGUGAAAGACUCCCCCAAGAAAGACAAGGAGACUGCCCCGCCCGCCGUCACUUUGGCCGCGGCGAUCCCCGGGUUAGAUUCCGACGCAGCGAUCGUGGACGUCCAAGCCGUCGUAAAGGCCGAGGCUGCCAAGACCACUCUCUUGAACGUUCGAAACGCGGCCGAAAAGAUGUUGCAUGUGUGUGCCACGGUGGACGGUGGUGUCGAUGGCCGAGUGUUUGGGAAAGUAGCGAGUGGUGGUGAACCGUGGUUAGUCUACGAAGGCUUCCACGUAGUGUUUUCGGCGCCCGAUCCCACUACAGUGCUCCGCGGAGUUCGAUUUGCCGCCAUGGUGUUACGACACAAUGAAAACGGACUUCGCAUGGGUGUUGCUGGGACGACCAGUCUCCUCACCAUCUUAGCGGAACAAGCCAAGACUCUUGACAGAAUUGACGACGAUCCCACCAAGCGAACCGCGUUGGUGGCUGAUAUCGCGCAGUGUCUUGUGUACUUGGCAGCCACGAGCGUCGAUGUCUGCGAGUUGUGUGGGGACGAUGCACUGAGUCCCGUGAACGCAUUCGCGAGUUUCGUGCUGCAGCAUGCCGGUGACGACGCGGUGGAGGUGUUGAGUCCCCUCAAUUAUACAUGGGGGGUGGCCGACUCUUCCAUCGUGGACCUGACUGUCCCCCCUCGGACAAUCAAACCGCAAGUGUUGUGCGCCCAGGCCCUAGCUGCGUUUGCCCGUGGUGUGCUGGAGUUUGCGAACGUCCCUUCCAAGGCUGAAGAGGCACAAGACAAAGGAAAAGCACCGCCAUUAGCCAAAGAAAAGAAGCAAAAGGACGCGAGUUUGCUUCCCGGUGAAAAGGUGGCGACGCGCGUGGCGGCGUUCAGUUUGCAGUUGCUGCAGCUCUUGGCCACGUUGCACGACUUUGACCUGCACGUGGAGGUGCUCAACAUUCUACAAUCCAUGCCGUACUUGCCCAACGGACGCAAGGCACUGCUUCGCCAAGCGCAAGAGCAACUUGUUCUAGAACGCGAACCACCGCCUUCAGAUGUCGCGGGCGCGGUCGACGCGCUGCGAAUCAACCCACCCGACGGACUCACCGCGGGAGCUGCGCCGUUUGCACAGCCAUGGACUGAGCCAUUGCAAGCAUACGCUCGGAUUCUAGAACCCGUUUUGCAUGUAUUUCAUCGCAGCGAUUCACCUAUUCCAGACAUUUUCGCAGCCUUAAAGGUGUUGCAAGGGCUGCUCGUUGAUGAAAAAUGCCCCCAAGAUGAGUACGACUUGGAUUUGUUUACUAAUGUGGCCGUGGGCCAGGGCGGACUUGUGGUUCUGGCAUCCCUCCUUGACUUGCCUCGGCUGCAUGAUGUGCCUUCGUGCCCCGAUCACGACCAAGCACUGGUGCAAUUGCUGGAGAAUCUCCUCCACCACUUGAUUCAAUGGGGCACCCACGCUCAAGGUUCCGUGUUAGCCAAACUCGAAGCGUAUAUUGCAGAAGAAGAAGACUCGUCCGACGAUGCAAAGCAAGCCAUUGCACGCACUAAGACCAUCGCGUCACGAUGGACAUCAAUGCUGGCAGCGUCUCAUGACUAUGCCCGAUUUAGCCUGGUUGGCGUGUCGGCGUUGUUGGUGGCCGUCGAGCUGUGUCAUCACAACCUGACCAAGUUAUUGUUGCAAGCCGGCGUUCGCGCCGAAGUGGCGGAUCAGGGGAACAACUCGGCGCUGAUGAAAGCCCUCGCCGCGGGCCAUUAUGGCAUUGUGGACGAUCUCUUGGCUGGUGGAGCGAACGUUAACACUCUCAACAACCGCGACCAGUCCGUGCUCAAGUUCUGCCUCGUGUCCGCCCCCCAGUUGCAGUCACCCGCUAUCGAAACCGCCAUGAACACGCUCCGACAAGCAGAGUCGUGCAUGCCCACUGGCGCCAUCACCAGCCCUCAAUGCCUACAAGUCAGUGCUCUGGAAGCUUCGAUUGUGUUGGACUCGAUCGUAGUGACCAACGCCGCUGCUCCCGCCGCCUAUUUGCAAGUGUUCUUGGAGAAAGGCAGCGACCCAAACAUCAGCGACGACGACGGGUCGUUUCCGCUGCACUGGGUCCUCUCGUCCGCCCGCAUCCGGACCCAAAUACGCGGAUGCCGCGUCUGUCUCCGCUUCGAGUCCACACAAGUCGAUGCCGCCGCUGUCUUGCACCUGACAGCGCUGCUGCUGGCCCACCACGCGCAUGUGAAUGUGUGCAACAAACGGGGGCAAACUCCACUGCAUGUGGCGAUUUUGAACGGCCAUGGAGAAGCGGCGUUGUUACUGUUGCAGCACGGAGCGCAUCCUUUCAUGACUGACGGACUGGGCUGUUUGCCGUUGCACUACUUGUGUGCGGGCGCGUGUGGACCAGACACCAUCCAAGUGCUGGACACGAUAUUGACCUUGUCCACCAAGUUUGAAGUGACUCCUGCAUCAUUCGUGGACCUUCGCAAGGGUAAAUCCGAGGCGGAGAAGACGUUGGUCGAGUUGGACGCAAUCCUGGACGACGGACUGGAAGCGCUAGUGGCCCCUCGGGCGCUGACCACUUCCCCCUCGUCGAAAUCCGACCUGCUAAUCCAUUCGUCCAAAUCGGGGCUGUUUCCGUUUCAUUACGCAUGUGGCGUUCGCGAACCGGAGCUGGACAUGACAUUUGAGUCGAAUUCGCACACUACCACCACUCGUGCGGAAGUUCUAAAGCAUCUCGUGACUAAGUAUGGUCUCAACGUUGCUCAACCCACGACCAGCCACCACUUGAAUGCGCUGCACUUUGCAGCCAAAUACGACGUGGCAGGGUCGAACGGCCCCGUGAUUGGCUUCCUCGUGGAAUCCCAAGUGCCCCUCAACGCAGUGCAUGAGCCCAAGGAUAUUGACGUGCCUCAGAUGCUCAAACCUCAGACCACGGUUGGUUACAUCGAGGACUCUGAUACCCCGCCGAUUCAGGCGUACAUUUCAAGCUACUGCAACUUGCAAGGGUACCACCUCGUGACGACGACUGGGCGCCACGUGAGUCUCGUGCCCCGGACUGCCCUAGUACCUUCGCAAGAGCCCCUAGUCCUUGUAGGCGAAUUCGCCAUGUCCCCACUACACUACGCAGUCCAGCACAGCGACAACGCCACGUGGCAGCUGCUGCACGCAGGCGCCGACCUCGCCCCAGACGGAAGCGACAUCCCACUCUUGGCCUUGGCCUGUGCAGCCCAGCGAAGCGUAGAUGUCAUUGAGUACCUUGCCCCCCGCCUGGCCCCGCGGCAAGCCAACGUCCGUGUUGAGUUAGCGCCCUCUGUGCAUGGCACGGCGCUGCACUUUGCCGUGACUAACAAUGACGUGGCAGUCGCUAAGCUUCUCUUGGAUGCAGACGCUGCAGCUCUCAAAAUCAAACGAUCCCGGGAUGGGUACACACCACUCCAUGUGGCUUGUGCACUGGGGUUGAAAGAUAUGGUGGUCUUCCUGGCGUCCAAAGGCGCGUUGGCGGCUGUCACCCCCAACAACGAGUCGCCGCUGCAACUCUUGCUUGAAACUCAGCGUCUGGACAUUGUGGAGGCUCUGGUGGAUGCAAAGUUCGCGGCAGAACCACAGUUGGUGUGGAUUAGAGAGCAUUACGACGCCCAGAACUCGGCUGUGCCCGAGUGGCUACGGUCGUACGUUCCACAGAGCACCCAUCAAGCCAAUGAUACUACAGCGACAGACCUGGGCAAGAAUGCGACGAUCAACGAACCAAAUCAAGAACAAGACGAACCGAACAAUGCGAAGGCACUCGAGUCGGCCGUGUUCAAUGAUGAUGACUCCCUUGUGGUCCAGCCAGAAUUUGCCAUUCAUUAAGCGGGGAAGAGUGCACGCAUGAAUGCCCCCGACGCAAGCUGCGGUAACGUAAAUGAGCAAUUUAUGAUCCCUUUUUCGGAGUAGUCAUAAUUCGCAUAUCUCCACUCGCUGAAAGGCUUUUCACAUUUUGUGGAGAUUCUUACAGUUAACAACCGAACACAGAGCUUUCUCUUCGUAAUCGAAUUAUCAAGAUAUCCUGUAACUGAGUACAUCCGACUUUCCAAGCAAGUUUAGGGGAAGUUCCAAGGAAUUAUCAGAAAUAGCAUAAGCCAAUCAAAAUCGAUUUACCUCUUUUUUUCACGAUUUAGAAAAAGACAUCAAGCAAUUACAUCCGCAGGGCCAUGUCCGCUCGAAAUAUAUCGGUGAACUUCUUAUCUCGUUUCCCGCCAGGUCCUUCGUGACCCUUGUGCUGUUGGUCUGUGUGCCGUACUUUUCGGCCGCCGUGGAAACUCAAUAUUGGCGGCCCCAUGGACAACGACGGGGCCAGCGAAGUUGGCUGGGGAUCGUUUCCAUUGCCCACGCUGACGGUCAGUGUGAGGAGCAUUGCGCUCAGGUUGAAAUGAUACUCGGGUCUGUAGUCAUACAUGCCUUGGACACAAUCGCGAGACGACUGAGUGGCGCUGGACGAGUCCGACUCGUUCGAGGUGAUACGUUGUCGCCGACCUAUUUUCAUGGGAUUGGUGGCGUUGCUGGUGGCGCUGGACGCGUGCGACUCGUUCGUGGUAGUACGUUGUCGCCGACCUAUUUUCAUGGGAUUGGUCGUGUUGCUGUUGGCAGAUGAUUUCUGAUGGAGGUGCUUGACACUUUCUGGGGCGUACACGGCAACCGUGUGCAUGGACAUUUCGCCUCCGUAGUGCAUGGUUGAGUUACUGAUGGGAGGACGAUGCGAAACCGAGAAUGGUGGCUCCCGGAGUGUGUUUCGCAAUUGGCAGGGACUCUACACCUUGUCCAUGCAACUGG